GCUGCAGCACAGCAUGUUUUGAACUUCUAGUCAGCAGCUCGAUUCAGUUGUUACUAGCUUCAGUCUCGGAGGGUACCUCGACCCUCACCGGCAACGAUGAAGUUCGUUAGGUUUAUCAUGAAAAAUGCCAGCUUGGCAAGUGUCCCUAAACAUAUCGAACAUUUCUCCAAAUUCUCCCCGUCACCGCUUUCCAUGAAGCAAUUUCUGGACUUCGGGUCCAUAAAUGCAUGUGAGAAAACCUCUUUUGUCUUUUUAAGACAAGAGCUUCCAGUCAGACUAUCAAAUAUAAUGAAAGAAAUCAACCUACUGCCACACAAGCUGCUCACAACGCCGUCUGUGAAAACAGUCCAGGGCUGGUAUAUACAGAGCUUAUUGGAGAUCCUGGAAUUCCUUGACAAAAACCCAGAUGACCACAGAGUGCUUGGAGAGUUUGUAGAUGCCUUAGUGACCAUCAGGAACCGGCACAACGACGUGGUUCCCACUAUGGCUCAGGGGAUCAUUGAGUAUAAAGAGACCUUCCCACAGGACACCAGCACCAACCAGAACAUCCAGUACUUCCUGGAUCGAUUCUACCUGAGCCGCAUCUCCAUCCGCAUGCUCAUCAACCAGCACACUCUUAUUUUUGAUGGUACAACAAACCCAGUUCACCCAAACACAAUCGGAAGCAUCGACCCUCACUGUCAAGUCGGAGACGUAGUUCAGGAUGCCUUCCACAGUGCCAAAAUGUUGUGUGACCAGUAUUACCUGCGCUCCCCGGACCUAAUGCUGCAAGAGAUGAGCAAUAAAAAGAAGAGUCAUCCCAUCAGCAUCGUCUAUGUGCCUUCUCACCUUUAUCAUAUGCUGUUUGAGCUUUUCAAGAAUGCAAUGAGAGCAACUAUAGAAACUCAUGAAAACAGCGACACGCUGCCGCCUAUCCAGGUCAUGGUGUCCUUAGGAGGAGAGGACAUGUCCAUCAAGGUGAGCGACAAGGGCGGUGGCGUCCCCUUUCGUAGAAUUGAGAACCUUUUCAGCUACAUGUACUCCACUGCACCUGCGCCACAGAUAGGAGAGCACUCGCGCCCUCCUCUGGCUGGGUUUGGCUACGGUCUGCCCAUCUCUCGACUCUACGCCAAGUAUUUCCAGGGUGACCUGCAGCUCUACUCCAUGGAGGGACACGGCACAGACGCUGUGAUCUACCUAAAGGCCUUGUCCACGGACUCAAUCGAAAGGUUGCCGGUCUACAACAAAACAGCUCUGAGAAACUACAAAAUGAGCCAUGAAGCUGAUGACUGGUGCAUCCCCAGUAAAGAACCUCUGGACUUGAGCAGCUUCAGAGUGGCCAAGUGAAACUCAUCCAUGACCACAAGCAACUUCCUCAUUGACCUUGAUCUUCUCACCACUGAGAGACUUCUCCAUACCAGUGCAGGUGUUGCUGCCCAGCAUGUAAUGGGUGCAUAACCACAACAUACCUGAAUGUAGAGGGUGCUAUUUUUGUAGUUUAACGCUUGUCCUCAACCUAUUGUAGCUAAGUUUCAUCGGAGCCCAGAGGAACAAUGCAAAAUCACCCGGGCCUUAUAGUCUUUCAAAUACUUGAACAAACUCUGGCGCACAUUUUUUUUCAUUGUAUAAGCUCUUGUGCUAAGCGACUGAUGUGAACAAACAGAUGUGUUCCAGUUUGUGUCAGCUGCAUCAACAUUUGCUGUUUUUAGCUAUUAGAGCUGCACGAUUAUCCGGUCAAUUUUCUGUUGAUUAUAAUCCUGUGCCCGGAGGAAACGCAUACGCAGUGCGUGAACAUACUAACUCCAUACUGAAGCAGGAUUCAAACCUGAUAAUUAUACAUGCGAUUCAAAUGUAAAACAAUACAGGUGGUCUACACUUAAAAAUGAAUCUUACCCUAAGGAAGUGCAAUAUAAACAUAUGUUAUUCUUUUUAAAGAAGAAUGGAUUAGCUUUUAGAAGAAUGUUUAGAGAUGAGAAUGAAAAGAAUUCCGGCAGCCAAAUAUACAUCUAUUUUCCAUCUUCUUAAAUCAUGAAAUUUCUGACAUAACUUCACAAAUCCCUUUCUUCAUCAGUGAUCACUGUUGGAUAUGCAGCAAUGUAGCAUUUAUUUUAACGACAAAUAUGCCAAAAACAUGUAUGGUAAAUCUAUUAAGAAACAUACCAGCAGAAGAAAAACAAGUUGACUGACUGGUCCUAUCCAGUGGUGUUACACUUAAAAAGAGUAGCUCACGUGUUAAGUCAAAAAAGUGUUUGACAUUGUGCAGUUCUAAUGGAGUUCGCUACGAGUGUUUUGUCAAUUCUGAAUAUGGUUACACACUACUCGCUCAUAAUUUUGUGUUACUUAGCAUUAACUUCAAGAAUACUCAAACUACAAAUACUGUAUGUGCAUGACUUGUUCAAUGGUCCAGUAUGUCUACUGUCCACAAUUUCAACAAGGAACUGUAUUUUGAAAUCCAGGGUGUGUCAUAUCUGUGAUCUGACACGGUUUGGAUUCUGUGGUCCACUUGUACGUCGGAAAGUCAUCUUCAUUUCAUUGUUUUUUUAUUGUACUUGUUUUGGUAUGAAUUUUGUCUUUUUCAUGCCAGUUAUGAAGUGUUGUUUUAUAGAUGCUUUUUUCUGCAACUGAAUAUGUCAAUACUGUUAAUAUGGUAUAAAAGCCAGUUUGAGAAAAGAAAAUUGCAUUUGUGGUUUAUGGUGCAGAGACUUAAAAUAGCUCAUGGAUUAUGACUAUGCGAUUAUGACUGCACCAUUACUUUGACU